UGCAUUCAUAAUUAGGCUAAAUGUAUUGUGCAAGAUAUAGUGACAUGCAUCAUGACAUGCGACUAUUACAGUAUGAAAAGAAAUCAGAACAUUCAGGGAUUCUUCAAAAGAAAGAAAUCCAAAACAACAGAGCAGGACAGAGCAGCAGAAGCCAGCAGUGCUAGUCAGUCUGAGGAUGAGAGCCAGCUUGACUCUGCUAGGGAUGUACAGCAGGAGCCUCCAGCUUCAGCUGUACACAUGGACUCAGACAAGGAUACUGGUGAUGAAGGCCCUUCAUCUUCACUUGCACAUCAGGGUGUGUCAAGUCAGCCACUCUCUGACAAUGACACUGACACUGAGAACCAUCCAGCAGUACCUGCAGGCCAUGCAGUGACACGUGGGGAUGGUGAUGCAGCAGCCCUUGUGGCCCCACCUGGACCUCAUGAUAUUUCACAGUCAAGAGCAGCAGGUCCCUCUCAGCCUCGUUUAAAGGUUUUUCCAAGAACCCUCCAAGGUGAGAAGAGGAGGGCGUUCAAUCCAGUGUGGUUUAACCACAAUUCCUGGCUUGAAUACUCACAAAGCAAAGAUUCAGCCUACUGUUACGCAUGCAGACACUUCUCCCUGCCUGGCGCGUCAGAAUCUGUUUUCUCCUCAGAAUCAGGCUUUUCACACUGGAAAAAAGCAACGUACAAAGAUGCUGGCUUUAAGUUGCAUGAGAAAUCUGAGUCUCACAUUAAUGCCAUGUUUGCUUGGAAUGAGCACAAGAGGCUAUUGCUUACAGAUUCUUCUAUCUUAGAUAUGAUUAACAAAGAGUACAAAAAGAAAGUUGAAGAGAAUCGCAGUUACAUUAAAACAGUUGCAGAUGUACUGCUUUUGACAGCAACACAGAAUAUAGCACAAAGAGGUCACCGUGAAUCGGAAGAAUAUGACAACAAAGGGAAUUUCUUAGGAAUUCUAGAAAUGAUCGCUAAACACAAUCCUAUGGUAGCCCAAAAAAUGAAGGGACAACGCAAUGCAAAAUACACAAGCAAUACCAUACAGAAUGAAAUUCUGCAGUGCUUAGCAAGUAUGGUGCGUGAUGAGAUUGUGAAGGAAGUGAAGGAGAGUGUGGUAUUCUCUGUCAUUGCUGAUGAAACCAAAGAUCUGAAAAGAAGGAGCAGCUGUCAUUAG